AUGAAUAAUAGUUUAUAAAUAAACUUGAACCUUUUAGUAAAUUGCAAGACCGAAAUUGAUCUAUACAUCGGGGAUUAUACUUUUUCGCGCGAUCAGACUUAUCUCCGUCAGAUAUUUCAGAUCAAUUUUUCAAUUACAAAUAGAAAGCAGCCAUAGUAUAAAUAUCACAAAUUUUCUUCACAUGAAUUACAAUCUCAAUUCCUUCAUCAGUUCAUCAUCAUAAUCAUCAUUAUCAUCAUCAUGUCUGCUGCUUCUAAAUCUUCGUUAACUGCUUUUGUCUCUGGUGCAAAUGGAUACAUUGCUGCCCAACUUAUUGAUCAAUUAUUACACCUUGGAUAUUCUGUAAUUGGAUCGGUUAGAAGUGCUGAUAAAGGAGAUUAUCUCGUUAAGAAUUUCAAUUCAUCCCAUUUCAAAUAUGAAAUCGUCCCAGUGUUAGAAAAGGAAGGUGCCUUUGAUGAAGCAUUAACUAAACAUCCCAACGUUUCAGUGUUUUUCCAUACUGCUUCUCCUGUCCUUGAUGUUUCAACCGUUACUAAUCCUGAAGCUCAAGUUUUAGCCCCAGCUAUCAAUGGUACCAAGAAUGUGUUAGCAUCAAUUAAGAAAUCAUCUCCUCAAGUUGAAAGAGUUGUCUUCACAUCUUCAAUCGUGGCAACUUGGGAUCGUAGUCAAGGAAUCGUCCGUGCCACUGAAGAAACUUGGAAUCCAGUAACUUAUGAAGAAGCCGUUACUAAUAAAACAGUGGCAUAUAGUGCUUCCAAAACUUAUGCUGAACGUGCUGCUUGGGAUUUCCUUACUCAACAAAAACCAAACUUCACUUUAUCAGUUAUAAAUCCCGUAUAUGUAUUAGGACCUCAAACAUUUAAUGAAAGUGUUAAUAAUUUAAAUAUGACAGCUAAACUUGUCACUAAUGUGCUUGAUUUCAAACCAAAUGAACCAAUUCCAGCAUUAGAAGGAAGAUUCAUUGAUGUUAGGGAUGUUGCCAAAGCUCAUAUCUUAGCUCUGCAAAAGGAUGAAGCUCAAGGGAAAAGAUUUAUCUUGGUAGCAGAUUUUUAUAAUAAUGAUACCUUAGUGAAUAUCAUUAGAAAGAAUUUCCCUGAAUUACAAUCGAAAUUACCAGUGGUUGAAAAGGAAGCGGAUGUAUCUAUUAAUAUGGAAUUGAAGGAUGAUAAUGCUAGAAAUAUUUUAAAUAUUGAUUACAUUUCUUUAGAAACUUCUGUGGUAGAUUCAGUUAAACAAUAUUUAACUUACAAAAAGGAUAAUUAGGGAAUAGGUAGUUAGUUGGUGUUUACCAUAAGUAGUCUAGAUUUAGAAUUAAUAAAUGUAAACGUUAUUCUACAUGAUUCUAUGUUGCCAUCAGUAGUGAUUAUGAUAUCAUAGAAGUGAAAGAGGGAGAGAGAGAGAGUUGGAAUAACUUCUAUCGCCAGUUUACUUAUCAACAAAUUGUAUAUUGUUCCUACAUCAGAUUGAUAAAAGUGGUUAUUAUUUGCCACCCAUUAUGUAUUCAAUUUUAACCGGUUAUAUAUCACAAACAUUAUUAUUAAUCACAUAUUUGAGGUAAAUUAGACAUACUAUUCUUCUGCUUAACUAUAUGAACGGCUAUAAUGCCCUGAUGACUUUGUGUAAUUUUUCGGAGUGAAUCACCAACGUCAAAAUUGUAUUAUUAAUAAUUUAUACUACAAAAUUGAUAGUUUUUGACACGUACUUAUUUAAGUAACUUUAGGAGUUUAUGGAGAUUAGUGUUGGAUUACCAGA